AUGACACCCCUCAGCUAUUAUCCUCUCUACACGAUUCUUCUCCUCAGCAGCAUUCCCCAGACUGUCCGGUCAGAAAAUGGGGACUCUUCAAAUUCAGACUUCACGAUCGUAAAUGGCCAGAUCUUCACGCCGGGGUUGGCGAUUCUUGAUUCUCCGCAGCCUUUUACGCCUUUGGGUGGUGACACCCUCCAAAUCGCCAUCGACAUAUCCGGCGACGGCCGCAUCCCCCUUUCCAACCCGUCCACAUCCCCAACCGUCUUCCACAACAUAACCAUCUUCCUAACUUCCUACACGACAAUCCACAACUUCACCAUUUCCAACAACACCUCUCCUCCUCCCGCAACCACCCCCCCAGCAUUCAUCGGACCAAUUCUAUCCCUCGAACCCUCCUCAACAGUCAAACACAUCGAUUGGUUCUGGCCCGCUUGUCUAGUCGGUAAUGGCGCCCCGCAGUCAACAACAACAUCUUCUUCUUCAUUGGGAACAGGAACAGGAACAACCUCCGCACGAGGAGAAUAUAAUAUAUCCAUCCAUCAAUCAUUCCGAUUAAAUGGGUCGGAGUUUUAUACGGUUUUCGACUUACCGAUUAGUGUGACGGAUGAUAUUCCCGAGAGGGCGGAGAGGGUGGAGUGUCCGUUUUUAGAGAAUAUUUUGCUUCCACCGGAAGAGAUCCGGGCCGGGACGGAUACGUUGCCGACGCAGCCUUUUUUAGGGGGUGGGGUGAGUAUUUCAUUUUCUGGGACGGGGGCGGGUAUGGGGUCAUUGGGAUCGGGGGAGGGAUCGAGUUCGGGGGAGGGUGGUUCUUCUUCUGGGACUGGGACUGGAGGGAAGGAUGGGGAUGGAGAUCUCACGGCUUUGUUGGCGGAGGGAUCGGGGAGGGUGAGAUGGAGUACGUCUAUGAUGGUGUUGGUUGGGGCGGCUAUGUAUUUUAUUAUGCUUCUUUAG